AUGAAGGAGGGUUCUGGGACAAGAAUUUAUAACAAGAGCAAGUUUCGUCUUCAUGAUUUCUCUUUUAAUGAUAAUACCCUCAACCUUCAAGUUGGAGUAACUGAUUACAAAGAUCUGCAUGGAACCAAUCUUAGUGAGGAUUCAGCUGAACUUGUUGAUAAUUCUGAGGUGGGCGGAAAGAGAUUUAAGAGAUUGAGCCAAGCUAUUGGGGAGCAAGGAGGUAAACUUGACCGGCCUGGAGGACAUCCAGAACCUGAGGAGGCAGUAAAAGAUAAUGGUUUGAACAAUGAAACCGAGUUGAACAAUGAACAUGUCGGAGCUGAACUCUUUGCUUCAGAACAGGUUAAAACUGAACUCUUUGCUUUUGAACAGAAAGAGAUCAGAGAUGAGAUUAAUAUACCACUAGAAAAUCAGAGUAAUCAAGAGUUAAUUGGGAUCGUCUUCAAUCUGAAUAAGGGAGGAAGAGUAGGAUUGGAGUUCAAGAUUAAUGUUAAUCUAUCAAGUGAACAAGUACUUGAAAUCUACAG